GAAAGGCACAAGCGGGAAUGGCGGUGUCGUUCCCCCAAACCUGGCUGGCCCCUGAGGAGACGGACUGCACAAACAACCAACACCAUGUGUAUCAGGCGUCCGCUAGCAACUUGGCUACUGCCGAACUGUUGGUGACUUCCAUGUUUGUCCCCUUUAUCCUCCGUCUCCCUGCUUCUUGUCCUUUUCCUAAGUAGGUGGCUAAGCUUGGACCUACGAUUCCUGUAUCACCAAGUCUCCUCCGGCCUGUCUUACCCCGUUGCCGCUCAGUUCCGUGCUUCUCCUCUCUGAGUGGAAAGAUGCAAUAGUCUUCCGAAGCCUUUUAUAUUUUUUCUCAAUCCUACUUUGCCGUUUAUCUUCUCCUCUCCCUCUCCCUACCUACAGCCAGCUCUUGUUUCGUUCCGUUCUGCCCCGUUUCGUCUCCGUGCGCCUCUCCGCUUGCCAAGACGGCGCAUCUUGUCGCGGCCGAUGGCGGACCCGCUGAAGAAGUACGGCGGCAUCUUGGCGGCGUGCUUUUUGCUGCUUACCUGCACCGCCUGGAUAUCCUCUCGAUUCAACAAUAGCGCCGCUUUCGAACGGCCAAUCCACUUCUCCAUCCUGACGCUGUUCGAAUCCGGUCUCGUCAUCGCGGUAGGUUGCAGGAAGCUUUCGCCAAGGAAAGACCCAACCAGCAGCCAGGAAUAUCAACUUGCAAUACCGUCAAGCUUGAAACAUGACUGGAAACAGCACCUCCAAGCGGCCAUCGACGCCGUACAAAACUGCUGCUUCUUGUCCUCACCUUCUUUCAUCCUCGGAGGCCUCGUGGUGCUGCGCUCGCUGCUAUUCUGGCGCACGAUUCGUACGAUUCACUGCUCGUGGGAGAGCUUUGAGACCUUCGUACCGGCUCUGGUCGCCCUGUUCACGACAGCUUCACCCACUGCCAUCCAACUACAACAGCACCCCGGGUUGGAAAACCGGCCGCGGCGUUGCUUCAACGUAGGCUCUGUUCGUUACGUCGUUGUCGCCGUCAUCUGGGCAUGCUCCGCAAGAACUACCCUUGCCCUCUCCGCACAGUCUGCCGGAGCCAUCUGCCCAGCGGGCUUCCUCCGAUGGGAACGACAGAUCCCGCUCGCACAAGUGCUGGCCGUUAUUCUGGACGCGGUGUUGUUGAUUUGCCUGUCGAGAUGGCGUCAAGACGCCGUAGACGAUGCGCCGCAGGCUUGGGCCUUCGCAUCACGCCUCUUCCUAAGAUCUGCUGGCGUUUUGGCUGUGCUUGCAACUUUCUCGUUCUACAACCUCCGGAACAUACGGUGGGCCUUCGACCUGCAUUACGUCGGUGUUAGAGACCUCCUGGUCGACAGCACCGUCGCUUCGGCCGCCCUCACUUCCGCCUUCUACGUCGCAAGCGACAUCCACCCCGGCACGCUGGCGGUGAUCGUCACGGCGUUCGGGGUGUACGCCCAUCACCUGAUGCGCAUGUUACAGACCUCGUCGCCUGUGGAUGAUUCCCUGGUUUACAUGAUCUCCGGCGGUCUCACAAUAGCUGGCGUGGGUCUACUCCUUCGCUACGAGAAGGAUAUCACCAGCACAUCCAGCGCAAUAUCAGGGGACCCACGCCUGAUGCGGUUCCUCACUGGAUGGUACGUGAUCUUUGUCGGCUUUCUAUGCGCGACCUACCUGAUCUUAUACCCGGACGUUGCCUCCUCCGACACCCUCUCCUUCCCUGACCUACUCUCCGCCGCCAACGCCGAAUCCGACGCCUGGAUUGCAAGAGCGAACCAGAGCAGGACGCUUGAGGGCGCGGUCAGCGAGUACCGUCGUCGGUACGGCCUCGCACCACCUCCCAACUUUGACAAGUGGUUCGAGUACGCCGUAACCAACGGAUCGCCCGUUAUUGACGACUUUACGCAGAUCAAUGAUGACUUGCUACCCUUCUGGGGUGUCGCGCCGGAUGUGCUGCGGCAGCGGACGAGGCAUGUCAUCGAGGUGCCGUGGCUUGGCAUGGGAGGAAUUCGGAUUCGUGGGGGCAAGGUCGAAGUUUCGCCGGGCACGCCCGGGUCGCACAUGUGGAUGAUGCGUUCGAUGCAGGACAUGAUUGAGGAGUUUGCAGAGCAUUUGCCCGACAUGGACUUCGCCAUCAAUCUGAACGACGAGCCUCGCGUGUCCAUCUCGUUCGAGGACAUGCAACAGCUGCAAACCACAGCGGUGAAGUCACAAACGCGUCUACUGAACAACAACAAUCUCAAGACCUUUGACAGCUCCAAGCCGCCGGUGUGGAGCGAUGACGACGUCCUUAAGUCGCCACACGAGCGGUCGCCGUACUUCACAGACCGCGUCCGAGACCAGAUCUACUACGACUUCAUCGCGCAGUCCUGCCCGCCCGAAUCCCCUGCCCGGAAGACGCGGUGGUGGAGCCGUAGAGAGGCCUGCCGCGACUGUGUCCUCCCGCACGCCGUCCGCUUGUUCGAGGGUCUCGAGAACCCCGUCGUCUCCAACUGGACCGCGGCCACCGACCUAUGCCACCAGCCAGACCUCGCUUAUCUUCACGGGUUCCUGGCGUCCCCCGCGCCGGCAAUCUUCACGAAGGCUCCGUUCCCCGUGUUCAGCCAGAGCAGGACGUCCGGGUUCGCGGACAUUCUCGUGCCGUCGCCGUGGAACUACGACGACAAGGCGGCGUACGACGAGGGCGAGGACGUCGAGUGGGAGCGGAAGAAGAACACCAUGUUCUGGAGGGGCUCGUCAUCAGACGGGUACGCGGCGCGGGGGUCGUGGCAGGGCUUCCUGCGAGCGCGCUUCGUCUGGGCCGCGAACGCGAUCCAGACGAAGAGCGCUCCCGCCGCCCGGCUGGACGCGGGCGGGCCACCGGGUCCUGCAACCCCGGGUGAUGGUAAGCCAGACUUCGACGUCGGCUUCGUGGGCGGCUUCUCGAAAUGCCACACGGACGACUGCCAAAGCCAGCGAGACACGUUCUGGGGCGGGGACUCGUCAUCCAAAUCCAAGGUCGCCUUCGGCGAGCACUGGCAGUACGCUCACCUGAUGGACCUCGACGGUGCCGGCUUCAGCGGGCGCUUUAUCCCCUUCCUGCGGAGCCGCAGCCUCGUCUACCGCGCCGGGCUGUUCCGGACGUGGUUCGGGGAGCGUGUGCACGCGUGGCGGCACUAUGUCCCCGUCGACGCGCGAUUGCACGAGCUCGGGGGGCUUGUGCGGUACUUCGGGGCCCGGGACGACGAGGAGGGCGGGCGGAGGGCGCGGGAGAUCGCCGAGGAAGGGAGGGCGUGGGCGGCGAGAGCACUUCGGAGGGAGGACAUGAGGGUGUACAUGUUCCGGUUGCUGCUGGAAUGGGGUAGGGUCGUGGAUGAUGCGAGGGAGGGGCUUGGCUUCACGGUGGUGGCUUGAUAUAACCCCCUUUUUCUUUCUCUUUUCUGCGAGCGAGGCCACUCUGGAUAUGGGAGUCUGGAUGCCAUGUGUGUAUUUCGAUAUGGCAUGGAUGACAGCAUCGGCGUUGGUGGUGACGACUCUCUAGAUCAGCUGCUGGCAACUUGGAGUUGCUAAACGGACGAAUCACGGCCUGGAAGGUAAUCAUCUCUUGGACAUACAUCUUCACAGCGGAAGUGUUUAAAUGGAGAGCACUUGACUUGCUUCCUG